AUGGGCCGAACACUUCGAAGAGCAGUUCAGCUGGCCUCCUGCAACACAGCCAGUGGAGAUGAUGCAUACGGGCGAAUGGAAUCCGCACUGAAACGUGAGAAGGCACCAGGACCGGACGGUCUGUAUCCAGCCCUCUUCAGAGAAGGCGGAAAAUUCCUGGUAAGCCACCUGACAAAGCUUAUUGGUACUAUAUGGGACGAAGAGGCCAACGAACUCGUUCGUCUUGCAUCGGUUUUAGCCAAAACAUCUGUGCGUCAGCCGCAAGCACUUCGAAAACAAUCUUCAAAGCACGACGAACAGCAAUUCAGCUGGUCACCUGCUGCCUCCAAUCCAGAAUCCUGGCCUUCGAUAGAAAGGUGGGCCGUAGGCAUGGAUCCACCGUCAGUCUCAGGAGUGUCGGAAUGUACUACCCUACUCAAGCAUCAUCAUGCUGCUGGUCCCGACGAUCUUCCACCUGCUCUUUUCAAGGAUGGCGGUGGACUCCUCAGCCAGUGUCGGUCUAGCCGAUUUCAUCUGUAG